CCCCCCUCGUCUCUCCGCUAUUCCUCUGCAGCUCUCGCGCAUCUUCCGGCCGCACUUCCGGCCGCAUCUCCCGCCGCACUACGCGCAUGCACGUCAACUCUCCGACACACUCCUCACAAGAUUGAUCUUGAUCUUGAUCUUGUGUGCAUGUUCGACGGCCCAAUCGCUCCCAACCCUCACUCUUCCCCCUCCCCUCGGGGCUAAACCCCCGUCCUCAGGAUGAAAUGUGGCUCCCGCUUUGCCAUCUGUGGCGUCGUGCUGCUGCUCUUCCCCUUGUACCUCUUGAAGGUCCACCUUGAGGACCUCUGCAAUCAAUAUCGCGCGGGCGCGUAUCUCACCGAAUGGUACCACUCCAGGUAUCGGGACCCUUCCGACGCCCCUCAAGGAUGGAAGUAUCCAUCUCCGGGAGAGCCAAACGGCGACAAGGUCAUCGUUAUGGCCAAGCUUGAGGAGGAGCCGACGGAUUGGGUACAAGAAGAACUGCCCGACUGGCAACGCGCCAUCUACAUCGUCAAUCCCUCCCGCUCCACCGCCGACAACGAACACAGCCUCACCACCCCCUUCAACAAAGGUCACGAAGCCAUGGCCUACCUGACCUACAUCAUCGACAACUACGACCGCCUCCCCGCCACCAUCGCCUUCCUCCACUCCCACCGCUCCGGCUUCGUCCUCGCCUGGCACGUCGACGCGCCCCUCCACGACAACGCCGUCGCCAUGCGCGCCCUCCAGCUCGACUUUGUCCAGCGCAACGGCUACGUUAACCUCCGCUGCAACUGGAAUCCGGGCUGCAAAGCCGGCCACCGCCGGAACGCCCACGUCACAGAGCAAGUCUUCGAGGAGAUCUUCGAGGGCACCAGCACCCCCCCUCUAAACGCGACGGGUCUCUCCGCGCUGGCCGACAACCCCUCGUUAUCCGUCAACCCGCCCCAGCGCUUCCUCCGCAUGCCCGAGCAAGUCGGCGCCGCCUGCUGCGCGCAGUUCGCCGUCUCGCGCGAUCAGGUCCGCCAGCGGCCGGUCGACGACUACGUCAAGAUCCGCCAGUGGGUGAUCGACACGGACAAGAACGACGCCAAGAGUGGCCGGGUCAUGGAGUUCCUCUGGCAUGUCAUUUUCGGCCGGGAGUCGGUUUAUUGUCCGGAUGAGGAGCUCUGCUACUGUCAAGUUUAUGGACAGUGUUGAUCUCAUUCCUUCCGAGUACGACCCUCCACUGUAUAUACCAUUCCCCCUGGAACGUGUUCCGUUCCCUUCCACUGUUGAUUUUAUCGUUACCUGUCUUAUGGUGACCAUAGACAUCUAGCCCGACCAGCUAAUCAGCUAUCGGAGCGGCGUUAUUAGACGGACUGUCUUUUGGAUUUUUGUCUUUUUUUUUUUUUUUUUUUUUUCCUUGUUUCUUUUUAUCUCGGGAAGACAAGUCGGUCCACAUGUUGGAUACAAUCACGGGUGAUUUAAGUUU